GCAUCACCCGCCGAAUGUUUUGCUUUCCAUCCGUCGUGCUCAGAUUGACAAGGUACACCAUUUUGUUUUUAUAACUAGACUGGAUUUUACUGCUGUAAAGAAAGAAGCACAGAAGACAGGGAAAUGAUGGAUCAAGGAAUCAUAAAGUUCAUCACCUGGAAUGUAAAUGGACUUAAAGAACAGAGAGAGCAGAAAUUGACAGAACUACGUAACAGUGAUGUUGUUUUCUUACAAGAGACGCACAUUGGGGAAGUAGAUGAUCAUAUCAUAAACCGCAUAGAAGAUGAGUGGCAUAUUUUCUAUACAAAGUAUACCCCAUCCCAAAAAGGAACAGCUACACUUGUUAGGAAAACAUUAGACUUUGAAUUCAUCAGUGUUGAAAAGGAUAACUAUGGAGGUUAUGUUGUGUUAAAAUGUAAACUGAAGGGUCAGCUCUACACACUUGUAACUGUUUAUAACCACCAAACUGACACAGAAACCCUUGAAAAACUUGCAAGAUACCUGCAGUCGAUGACCACAGGGUUGCUGGUGAUUGGUGGAGAUUUCAACACUGUUCUCAACCCCUUUAUUGACAAGAAAAGUAAAACCAACAAACUCAAAAAUAACAGAGUCCAUCACAAGCUGUUUUCCUGUGUGAAAAAGUUUAUGACGUGUCUUCAGCUGGUCGACAUCUGGAGAAGAAAAAACCCUGUAAAGCAGAAUUAUACAUACCACAGAGGCAACAUUUCCUCAAGACUGGAUUACUUCUUCAUUCCAGAAGAAUGUAUGUGGCGUGUCACAAUUUGUGACAUCAGAGAUUUAGAGAGACCUGACCAUCAGCCCUUGUUCUUGAAGAUCAACAACGUCUCCACAGACACUUCACAGAAGAAUCUCCAAAUACAAUCACUCACUCAACUGCUCAGGCAUAAAAAUCAUUUAGGGAUAGAGAUGAUGUGUUUAUCAUCGGUUCAGGAGAGUGAACUAAGUGAGGUUGACAUUGUCUCAGCUUUACAUUCCCUUCAAGUGUCAGACACGCCAAGACCAGACGGAAUACCAGUUUCCUUCUAUAAAGAGAACAUUCAAGUUGUAAUUCCAUACAUAAAGAUGCUCUACAACAUGAUCCUCAGUGGUACAUUUAACUGCUCAGAGAGACGUUUCAAUGAAUCUGUGAGAAGACCACAUGACAACAGUCAACACUUCUUUAACGUUGACUACAUCAUCAUCACAACUAUUCUAGCAAGACGCCUAGGCGACUUCCUGGAGUCUCAGUCAGAGGGACGGAUGCCAAAAGAGUCUGUUACUGUCCUGAUCACUCCUAAAACACUCCACACUCAGACAGUGCUGGAUUAUAUUACGGAAGAGUUGGACAGGCAAAGACAAUCAAAUCCAAAUUUGUUUCAAGACUUCCAUGCAGCGACAAGCCUUGUUGGAAAUGUAGCGGACACAUCUGUGCCAUGUCAGGGUUGUCCUUUGACUCAGUACUCGUAACAUUAGCACUAAAAUGCUACGCCUCACAGCUGUUUCAGGGUUUAGAAAAGCACAUGUUUUAUAUUUUCAAACUAAGUGUGAUAGUUUGCUUUCCACCUGAGGACCAAGUUAAGGUACAUGCCAUUGUGACAUACAGCACUGAUGAAAAAUAUGACAUAGUGAUGAUACGUAGAGGAAAUAGUGAACCAUUUCAUCUAACCAGCGUGGGAAGUGAGCCUGAGGUUUGGGAUGGAGAAGAAAGUGAUGAAAGUGAUGACAUCCUCUAUUGUUUUACCUUGCCACCAGCUACACGCAAAAUUAUGUAUGCAGUCGUUACCCUGCAAGAGUCAAAUGAGCUGACUGUGAUACCAACAAACUGGUUAAAUGAACACAAGACACAAUGUUACUGGCCUCCAUUCAAGACACCAGAGAAGUGCUUAGACGUUAUAAAGAACAAACUUGAACCUGCAAAAGGAAUACAUUCUUGGGAGCUACUAAAUAUUGUCUGUCAUUGGGAACAUGACACAUAUAAGCUGUUUAAAGAGAUACCUGAAGUAGUAAGUGAGCAGGUGGAACGUAUGUAUGCAGCCGUUACCCUGCAAGAGUCGAAAGAGCUGACUGUGAUACCAACAAACUGGUUAAAUGAAAACAAGACACAAUGUCACUGGCCUCCAUUCAAGACACCAGAGAAGUGCUUAGACGUUAUAAAGAACAGACUUGAACCUGCAAGAGGAAUAAAUGCUUGGAAGCAAUUACAUAUGGUCUUUCAUGGAGAAUAUGCCGCUUAUAAGCAGGCUAAAGAGAAAUGUGAAGCAGUUGGUGAGCAGAUGGAAUGGCCCUCUACCUCUCUUGGGUGUUUUGAAAAACAAAAAACAAUAAAUCCAAUCCAUACGGCGCUGACAUCACAAUCCACUCAAACCUUUGGUGUUAAAAGAAAACGUGAUGAUGAGUCAACGGAUAUCAGCUGGCAGUCACUACUCAUCACAGAUAUGGAUGAAAAGAAGAAACCAAAGCAGAUCAUGGACGAAAUUAAUGUAAAAGUUCAGGCAAUCCAGGACACAGACCCAACUAUAACUAUAAUAAAAACUCACAUUCUGGAUGCCAUUUCAAAAAUGAAUGAAGACACCAGAAAGAAGGAAACCAUCGGGAUAUUUGGCAGGACAGGAGAAGGGAAAAGCUCUUUAUUAAACGCAGUACUGGGAGAUCAGUUUUUACUCCCAUCUGGUGGUUGUGGUGCAUGUACAGCUGUUAUAACACAAGUGGAGGCAAAUCUGAAUGACUCCAACUACAUAGCAGAGAUUGAUCUCAUUUCUAAAGAGGAAUGGGAUGAGGAGUUUGCUCUAUCAAAUGAAGUUGAAGAAAACCAAUUAACAGAAAUGACUAAAGAAAGGAUCACUGCCCUGUUUGGUGCUGAGGCAGAAGAGAAAUCAUUAGAGGAGCUGAAGAGAGAUGAUAGAUAUAAAGAAAUUUUCAAUGAUUUGUCUACAGGAAAGAAGAUCAUAUCAAGCAGUGAUCCGUCUGCGUUUGCCAGCAAUGUUGUAUGUUAUUUAGAAAAUAGUGUAGCAAAUCCUGGUGGCUGUUACUGGCCGCUUGUGAAGAGUGUGACGAUCAAAAUCCCAAACUGUCGUGAACUCUUGGAGCACAUUGUCCUCAUUGAUCUUCCUGGGACUGGAGACUGCAACAAGAUCAGAGAUGACCUCUGGAAAACUAAAAUAAGAGAGUGCUCUGCUGUGUGGAUUGUAAGUGACAUCAAGCGAGCGAUUACAGACAGAGACCCUUGGGGAAUAUUAGACCACUGCAUUGAAGAUUUGGGACCUGGAGGAGAAUGCAAACAUAUAAACUUCAUCUGUACUAAAACUGAUGAUAUGAAACCAGCAGAAUACCUCAGAUCUGUAAGGCUUACGGAGGCCCAGAUUUCAGGACAGGGUUUGGAUGUGAAAACAAAGUGCAUACUUCAUAGAAAUGACCUUGCACAGAAAACAAUAAAACUAAAAUUGCAAAGUACUAAAAGUGAAGAAUCAAAGGAAAGAUUCAUCACUGAUGUUUUCACUGUCAGCUCAACAGCAUUCUUUGAUCAAGAAUUACAUCUGAAGAAUGUUGAAACAGAGAUACCUAAACUGAGGGAUAUCCUGAUAAACCGAAACAAGACCAUCAACCAAAAACUGACCGGAGAUUAUAUCAAUGAAGCAAAAGGAAUUUUGUCUUUGUUACAAAGUGUCCAACUUGAUAAAGAUAAAAACAUGACAAAAGCCAGAAUCCUCAAGGACCUGCAGACAGACCUGGAGAAGAAUCUGAAGCUGCUGGAUGAUCAUUUUGAAGGUCUUUAUGAAAAGCUGAAGAAAUGUCUCUUAAAGGGCGUAGAAGAAUCAGUGAGAUCGUGUGUUAAGACCACACAAGACAUGUUAUCAUCUGUUCGGCCAAAAUGUAACAGAGGGUUUCACAGAAUUUUUCGAGCCAUGUGUUGCAGAGGAGGAUUCUACUGGCCGAGAAACUGGAAUGCACCUUUAGAUUUAAACAAGUGUUUGUCCAAACACAUGUACGACAGCAUUAAUAAGGAGUUUGUGUUGAUGUUUCCUGUUGAUGAUAUUGACAAAACAGAGAAAUCAAUGCAGGACAAGCUUGAUAAGUUCAGCAUCAUCUUGCCAACAACUCCAAUGCUAUAUCCUAUUCACAUCUUCAUCCAAACACAGGAAAACAAACUGAAGGCAUCACUCAGCAGAGUCAUCGUAGAAAAGAAAAAGGAAAUCUACUUAACAAUCUAUGCAGUCAUUGAGUGGAAAAUGGCUCCGGGCUACAAGAAAGCUUCAGAGGUAAAAGGUGAAGGAUCCAUGCAGAGGAUGGAGAAAGCAAUAAUGGAAACAAUCGAUGAGUUAAAAGUUCAAAUGUUCAAUGAGGCAAAAGUAGAAAUGCUUGAGAUGUUCAACAACUUGAAGCUGCAUAUAAUGAAAACUCUGGAAUCAGAGUUGAAGACUUCAGUGAACCACUCGCUUUCACAAAUCUGCAAAUUCAACCUCUUGGAUGUCUCCAGAGAGAUUCAAGAGCUAGAGAAACUAUCAGCAGCAGUUUGAGGUCACAUAUAUACGCCUAGAUGAUGUACAACAUCUUGCUGUCAAAUCUUCACUUACGACAAGAUCAAAGCUAGAUAAAGGUUACAAAUUCUUUGUUGAACAGUUUGUUGUGUCUUUUUGUGUUAGAGAAGGUGUUAGGAUAAGUAGCCUAUUGAAUGAGUGUUAUGUCAGAAUUUUUUUCAAUGUUGUUAAAUUCUUGCGCGACGGCAAAACGGAAGUAGUUCUUCUUCUUGUUUGUUUCAAGACGGAGUUUAUGAUACACUGCUUUGCGAAAAGGCGGAAAUUAAGUGACGUCAUAGUGAAAGGGGCCUAUUGUCUGUGUAUAUUACAAGGGAAAUUCUGACUUGAUAGUACAAACAUUUGUGUUGAAUUCAUUUAUUUCAACAUUUCAUAUUAGAUUAUUUAAUUUAAUUCAUCACUCAUUCCAUUAUAUAUGUUCUAAUCUUUACACAUUUUAGUUACAUUCAUUUAUCAUAUAUUUCUUAGAUAACCAUUUGUUAUUCUUAUUCUAUAUUACGGUUGUUUAUGUUGGAUGUUGUUUUUAUUAGAUAUGAGUCUCCAUCUCGUCAUAAGAAAAUGUUUUGAAACCAUAUUUUUUCCACUAUCUUACAUUAUAAUACAUUCCAUUCAAUCGCUUGAGCAUUAAAGCUAAACUCAGAUUAUUCUACGUUUCUUGUUUGAUAUUCUGUCCUGCAAUUCUGUACCAACCGAGUUGAUAUCUCCCUAUAAUGGAUAUAGUCAAAUAGGCUUAUUAGUUUCUAUCACCAUUUUUAAUAUCCAGUUUGCGAAAUGUACUUUUCCAUUUCUGCAUGAGGCAGAUGCUUUUAUCCAAAGUGAAUUUUUGUUCAAGGUAUUCAUUUAUGUGCGGUCGCUCGGAUUUAACCCUUUGCGCUGCAUAAGUCAUUGACCACUGCAAAGUCAUUGCGGCUUCCAUAGAGAACUGUUUUUUAUUUUAUGUUUUAUUAUAUAUUAGUUUUUUUAAAAGAUGAAAAAUGUUAAUGUCUUUGUAACAAAAGAUUUUAGUAUGUGAAGGGAACUGAUGGGUCUUAAGGGUGACUGUAUACUUUAAAAUAAGAAAAUGAGCAAACUGUAUAUUGUUAUUAAAUGUGCUUUUGGUGAAUUUAGGCAUUUAAAAUGUUCAAAUGAAGUAAAAAAGACUAAUACAGAUAUAUGAUGAAAAAACAUGACGCUUUUAAAUAAAAUCUGUUUUAUCUCA